AUGCAUAUUUCUGCCAAAGCCACUGCUGUUUUCCUCUGCGUUGCGACUGUCUUACACUCUCAUCGAGUCUUAGCAUUAGGGCCGUUACCAUGGGUAUCCACUCAGCAAUCCGCAAUAAGCUAUUCGACGUACACCGACGCCCUCAAAGUCCCUGGCAAUUCGCCCGCGCACUACUGCUCUGACCCGUCCACAGACAUCUUCAAAAUUCGAGGAUUGUAUUUCUACCCAGAAAACCCACGCAUUGGCUACUACUUUAUGCUACGUUUCCUGGGUACAUUCACCUCUUCUACCGGCGAUAUUCCAUGGCUCAACGUCACUGGAAGUUUUAACGGGCGCCCCGAGCUGUCGCCAUUUUUUGAUGCGCCUUUAUGUGACAUUAACGUUUUCCAACAAAUCCAGCUUCCGGGACAGAAUGAUGUAGGCAUGCAUCGUUCGUGUCCUUCAGCUAUUCAGGAAGGUUAUGCGGAAAUACAGUCGCCUCAUAUUCCCAUUCAGCCACCAAUGGUGCCCGAUGGCUUGUACGAAAUCCGAGCAAAUGCGACGACCCAGGAUGGGAGGAGCAUAUUCUGUGUUGAGGGAAGUUUUAAUAUCACAUGGUAG